UUCGUUCGAUAACCUUUUAUUUUUCUACUGCGCAAAUUGUACGAACACAGCCAAACCCGUCCGCCGGAGAAACCACCGUUGCGCCUCCUCCGCCAUGUACCGAUCUUUGAUCUCCGCUUUCUCCUCCAAAUCCCGCUCAAUCUCAUCCUGCUGCGUUAAACCUUCCUCCAUUUCUCGCCUCACUACCUCUCCUCUUCAAGCACCGAUCGUCUCCUCAGCACUCCCAACCGCCCGCAGCCUUCUAUCUGAUGCCCUAGAUCCCCCGACACCCGCUGGUUUGACGAGAUCGAUCAUCCGCCAUCGAGGAUUUCUCGGGGACUGUCGCGUCAUCGGAAGAAGUAGAGGCUACGCCAGCGGGUCUGGCGACCGGGAGAUGAUGGAGUACGAUGUGGUCAUUGUGGGGGCGGGGCCAGCUGGACUGUCUGCUGCCAUACGGUUGAAGCAGAUGUGCCUUGAGAGGAAUGUUGAUCUUUCCGUUUGCGUCUUGGAGAAGGGUCCUGAAGUCGGUGCUCAUAUUAUAUCAGGGAAUGUGUUUGAGCCUCGUGCAUUAGAUGAACUAAUCCCACAAUGGAGGCAUGAGGGUGCCCCGGUUGAGGUUCCUGUCUCCUCUGAUAAGUUUUGGUUGCUUACGGAAAGUCACUCAUUGGCACUUCCUUCUCCUUUUGAUAACAAAGGAAAUUAUGUGAUUAGCUUGAGCCAGCUAGUCCGUUGGAUGGCUUCAAAAGCUGAAGAGAUCGGAGUUGAAAUAUAUCCAGGUUUUGCUGCUAGUGAGAUUUUAUAUGAUGCAAAUGACAGAGUGGUUGGGGUUGCGACUAAUGAUAUGGGAGUUGCUAAAGAUGGUUCAAAGAGGGAAACAUUUCAACGUGGUGUUGAGCUGAAAGGACGUGUUACACUUCUUGCAGAAGGAUGUCGAGGAUCACUAUCAGAGAAAAUUAUAAAGGGUCACCAUCUGCGGGAAAAAGGACAAGGACAACAUCAAACAUAUGCCUUAGGAAUUAAGGAGGUAUGGGAAGUUGAAGAAGAGAAACAUAACCCAGGAGCUGUGCUUCACACUAUUGGAUGGCCACUGGAUAUGAAGACAUAUGGAGGUUCUUUUCUGUACCAUAUGAGCAAUAGGCAGAUUGCAAUUGGACUAGUUAUUGCCUUGAACUAUCAGAAUCCAUAUUUGAGUCCGUAUGAUGAAUUCCAGAGAUUCAAGCAUCAUCCUGCAAUAAAACCUCUCCUGUCAGGUGGAACAGUUCUUGAAUAUGGUGCUCGCACACUAAAUGAAGGUGGUUUUCAGUCUAUACCGUAUCCAGUUUUUCCUGGAGGAGCAAUUAUUGGAUGUUCUGCAGGCUUUUUAGAUGUGCCGAAGAUAAAGGGCACACAUACUGCCAUGAAAUCAGGUAUGCUGGCAGGAGAGGCAGCUUUUAAGGUGCUUAUUGAAGGAGCAAAAAUGGAAAUGUACUGGGACAAUCUGAAAAAAUCUUGGGUGUGGGAUGAUCUAAAAAGGGCCAGAAAUUAUAGACCAGCAUUUAAUUAUGGCCUUAUUUCUGGCUUGGCCUUCUCAGCAUUAGAGCGUUAUAUAUUUAGGGGAAGAUUGCCUUUGACACUGAAGCAUGGAAAACCAGAUCAUAAAGCUACGCAUAUCUCCAGUAUGCACACUCCAAUCCAGUAUCCCAAACCUGAUGGACAAAUUUCUUUUGAUGUGCCAACUUCCCUGUACAGAAGUAGCACAAAUCAUGAACAUAACCAGCCUGCUCAUCUACAUUUGAAGGAUCCAACAUUACCUGAAUCAGUAAAUCUUCCACUAUAUGGUGGACCGGAAUCAAGAUAUUGCCCAGCCCGUGUAUAUGAGUAUGCUCCAGAUGAGAAUCAAGUCAUGAAGCUUCAAAUCAAUGCACAAAAUUGCCUUCAUUGUAAGGCCUGUGACAUUAAAGAUCCGAGGCAAAACAUUGAGUGGACGGUACCUGAAGGUGGCGGUGGACCUGGAUACACAGUUAUGUGAUAUCAUCCCACACAAAAGAGGCCACAACUCGCAGUCGAAUGCAACGAUCAGCAAUAUGAUUGAUGGGUUGCCUCUUCCUGGACACAUUCUGUCAUACUAGUUUUCUCUCUCAAAUGGGAAGUACUUGCUCGUGGUCUGUAGAUUCUUGUCAUCUAGGAAUACAGGAAAACGAUAAAUUAUUGCAAUAGGAAUAAAGGAGGUGAAGUUUCUGCUGUUCAUAAGAGGACAAAGUUGGUUCAGUGGGGAAAUGUGAUCAUCCUCUGUUUCCCUAUUACCCUCUUUUUCUAUUUCUGGAACUCAUUAUUGUUCCGGUAAGCAACCUUAUUCCAAACAAUCAAUUCUAAGCAAAUCUGUAGGCCUAUUUUACAACACAGUGAUUGAUUAGCAAGAUUGUUUAAUUAGUGUGAACUUGAAUGUUAACCUUGCUACCAUCCUUUAGAACCAUCCGUGUUGGUGUUGGUGGGCGCAUGACAUCUUUAGUAUAAUGGUCGAUUUUUAGCAAUUGACGAUAUGGUAUUUACUCGCAUAAUGGUCGAGUUUUAGCAA